GAAACAUUUUCCGAAUUAGAAGCAGCAAAAUUUUCAGGCAGAAAGUAAGGAACAAAUUUAGCCACUUUAUAAAAUAUGGGAGACGCAGAUAAUAGUCAAUUUGCAUUUGCAACUGAUGAUCUGGAGCCAUGGAUAGAGGAAAUUCUAGAAGAGGUGGACAUUAGUUUGGACAACCUUUUCUCCUUUGUAAAUAACGUGAAUGAAAACACCAAACGUGUACUGGAUAGAGUGAAAGUCGUUGAGAAUUUACAACAUUGUUUUUAUGCGAUGAAUUUAUUUAUUGUACCUGUGAUACUGGCUGUCACCUUAUGCUUUGGAACAAAAGAAUUCAUCGACAGCAGUGGAUUAGAGAGUGGUCUGGAGAUAAUGGUGAAAUUUAUGAUGUAUAUCUCCGGCAGUAUUGGAUUACCUUUGUAUAUUUACACUUUGUGGGAAUCUCUCCGCUUUUCAAUGAAGCAAGAAGUAGAAUCAUGUUACAGUUCUGAUACUGAAGGUUUUAUGGACGAAGACGACAACGAGGAAGAAGACUACACUAAGUUCAACGAUUCAUCCUCAAGGCCGGCAGAUUUUACGAGAAGGAUAAGUAGUCGCAUACACGAAGGAAUGAGAAUGGAUUUGGAACGCAGAGUACCGCAAAGGAGUUCUGAGAUGGAAGAAAAAGAACAUCAAACAACGAAGACUGUGAACCGAAAUGAUGCUUUUGAGGAAGCCAUGCCAUCUGCUACAGAAGUUGAAUCUAGUGGGAUGGGAUCUUUUCAAAACGAAUCCUGGCAGAAUAUUGAAUCAGAAAUAUUUCCCGAGCUGAAACAGUUUAUUCGAGAGCCAGUUUCCCGAGUCAACUCCGACUGCAAUGGAGUACGGGUGUUCAUUAUCAACUCCAAUCCAGAUUUGUCCAUCAAGAUAAAACCUAAUCAGAAGGACAGUUCUGAGCAAAUGGCAUCGGAAGGCAAGGAAGGUUUUCAAGUACCGUUAUUGCAAAGUGAGAGAUCCGAUCCAGUAGGCGAAAGAAAAUUCCAAGAAGAAACUUUCAAUCAACUUGAGUCUAAAGAAGAUUUAGAAAAUAAUGAUCUUGCUUCUUCUAGUAUAGAUGUGCAGAAUUCUGUUUUCAGUAGCAACAUAUAAUGUAGAAAUAUCAAAUAUAUAUAUCUAUAUAUAUAUAUAUAUAAAAUUGAGACAAUGGUAUUUUGUGCUUAUGACUCACUAUUUUAU